AUGACUGAUAACAACGAUGAGGGUAAGGAUGCUGGUUCAUCGUCAUUAGCAUUACCGUUUGCUGAUGCUCCCACCAUUGUUCAGGCACAUCAAAAGGAUUUACAAAUUGAAUCUAUUUUGACGGAGAAAUUGACAACUCUUCUGACAUCUUUAAAGGGUCAAUUGUUUACAAAUACAUAUCCAAAGGAGAUAUCUAUAGCAGUCAAGCUCUUGUAUUUAACUUUGACAACAUUUAGGGGCAGGAGAACAUUGGGGGAAGAGUACGUGGACCUCAUAUACGUAGACAGGAAAGGUACUGGUUUGGUGAAGAGGUAUAGGAAACUAUUGUUCAUUUUGUCAUACACCUUGGGACCUUAUUUAAUAACUAAAGUAUACAAUAAGCUAUGUGCUAAGAUAUAUGCUAAUGAGGAAGAUGAAAACAGAAAGAAAAUAUCGCUUAAACAGGUAUUAUCUGCAAUUGUAGAAACGCAUUUGGUUCUAUUUUAUUUCAAAGGUGCUUAUUACGAAAUAUCUAAAAGAUUGUUUGGACUAAGAUAUUCCAUUGGUCAUGAGCCAUCUGCCAAUGAGGCCCAAACUAGAGAGCAGAGUACGAACACCUAUAAAUUGCUGGGCAAUAUAAUGCUGUUACAACAAACUGCGGAAGUACUUCCAAUAUGUAAAGGGUGGUUCAAAUCAUAUUAUUCGAAAGAUGAAAAGGGGACUCUGACGAACGAAAAGCAAAGUCAAGGAGACAUACAAGCUGGAAUUCUUACAAGGAUACCUAAUGAGUCUGAAGUUAAUCAUCUCAAUUUGUCCGAUAAGGAGAUAUUUCCAUUUAUUCCAGAGGAUGCAAGAAAAUGUAUUCUUUGCCUAGCAUACAUGACAGAUCCUAGUUGCUCACCGUGUGGACACAUAUUUUGCUGGGAAUGUAUAUUGGAUUGGUGUAAAGAGAGGCCUGAAUGCCCGCUAUGUCGGCAAGAAUGCCAAAUACAGCAAAUAUUACCUUUAAGAUAA